AUGCUGAAAUUAAACACGUACAAUCAGGAAGCCUGUUUUCGGCUCGUCAAUAAGAACGUUACUGUGCUUCAACACAAGUUCCUCUGGAAAGGUCUUCAUUUGAACUGCAAGAAACAGUCGCUGAUGUUCACUCGGAACACCAAUCAGAAGGUAAUCGAUGCGAAGCGAUGUGCACACUCAGAAAGCUGCACGGGAUUAAAGUACUUCAAUAUCACCUCGGUGUUUUACGACGAAAUCGAGAACCGACUGCCUGUUCGCCGACCAUGGAUCUCGUUCGAAGCAGUUCGCGACACUGAAGUAAUCGCAAAAAUCCCUACGCUGGUCACCGCCGAGCUCCUGGUGACAUUCAAAAGGGAUGUCACUGCGGCAAUCGAGGAGGUAACAGAUCCAACUCGCACGAUUUCCAACACAAUAGCUCAAGGAUGCCACCACUGCACCCGAAGAGCAAUUUCGAAUGUGACUUGCACAAGUACCAACCAAGCAGCGAGACCCGCCAUUCGCUGUGACGACAAACAUUUCACGAUUCCAUGUUCUCCCGAAGGAACCACUCUAAAUCACGUCACAAAUCAGGUUCACUCACACGCAAGUCCGACUGAAGCUGAAAUGCACGGUUUCGUGUGGCACCAGGGAAACAAGCUUCGAGAUUACUCGAAUCCUGCAAUGAGUCCGCACGAUCCAGGAGACAGUGAGGAGAAUCAUCGACGGAGAAAGCACUGUCCACGACGAAAUUGUGUUUCCGGAUAUAGUCCACAUAACUGA